AUGGCUGCCGGCACCAGGCUGGCCGGCCUGCUCUCGCCUGAUAAUAAAUCUGCCCGCUCCUCCUUCUCCUCUGUCCGCGAGGACGAUGCCGGCCUAGCCCAGUCCUUCACCAGCUCAAAGAUCUCGUCCUUCUCCCACCUCCACCUCGCCGCAGACAGCUCUAGUGGUGACGAGGCUGCCAUUGACGACUCCUCGCCGCCCCCCUCGCCUCCUCUGUCCCGGCCGGCCUCCCACAAGCUUGAUACCAUGGCCACCACCACCCUCACCUCUACCAUCACCCAUUUCCAGACGCCUCUGACCCAGCCUCAUAGCCGCCUCCAUGGCUGCUGGGUCCCUGCUGUCGCUGCCGACAGCUUCCAGGGAUGGAAGGCCAUCGAUGUCAAGGGCAAGCUCGCCAGCAGGAGCUUUGGAGAUCUCCAGUCCCUCAAGGUCGUCUGGUCCGCCCCCUCGACUCCCAAGAAGCCCCGGUCUCCAGGCCGGCCCGCCCCUGGCACCGCUCCCAUCGAGCGCCUGCCCGUCGAGAUCCUAGGCCCCAUCAUUGAGAUGCUGGUGCUUGACGUGCCACCCAAUGGCGAGACUGCCCGGAACGUCGACCUGAUGUCCCUGCUGUUGACGUCCAGGACGCUGCACACUGCUACUUUGAACGCUCUGUACAAGAACAUUACCAUCCCCCACUCGAGGAUCUUCCGCAAGUUUCUCUCUCAUGUUACACAGAACCAGGAGCUUGGCACCAUCGUCCGUCGCCUCGACUUCAGCCACUUCAACCCCAUGUCGCUUUUCUUGUCAGCCAAGGAGCGAGCAAGCACACGGAACCUGACACCAGAGACGCUUCUUCAAUGCCUGGAGCUAACACCCCAUCUGCGCGAGUUCCUUGCUCAAGAGUACAUUGACGACGAGAUCGACAUCAAUGUCCUCAAGAAGCUCUUCUUUGACCUGCCGCGGCUCAAGGCUGUCGACUUGUGCGGAUGCUCCUCGGCACUCUUCCGGACCGCCAUGACAGCAUUCGUGCAGGAUGACGUGGACUGGACCAUGCCCCUGUCUAUCUCGCGUUUGUCGCUGCACCGUUGCGUCAACCUGCCACCCGCAGUCUUUGAUACUAUCCUGCCUCGGCUCACCAAUUUGACUCACCUGGAUGUUGCCGGCACACGCAUUUCCGACGAAGCUCUGCACUCUAUUCCCUACACAGCACGCAUCACACACCUGAACCUCGCCAAGUGCAACGGUCUCACGGCUGAUGGGAUCAUCGAAUUCUUGACUUACCACCCAGCUGUCAAGGACACUCUAGUCUAUCUCAGCCUGGCUGCCGAUUUCCGCAGCCACCAGAUUUUCGACGAGGAGGAUACGUCUCGGCUACUGGCGAUCAUGCCGCACACUCUGCGAUCAUUGAGUUUGAAGGGCAGCAAGAUGACGCCGGCACACAUUCCUUUACUGCGCCCUCUGACCAAGCAUCUCGAAGAGCUUGCUCUCGGAAGAGGGCUCAAAGUUGUCGAUAUGGAUAGGCUGUUCGUCCCCGACCCUGAGCCUGUUGAUGAGGACGAGGAUGUCGACAUGGACGGCGAAGUGAAGGCGCAGUUGGCCUGGGUUCCGCACACCUUGAAGUACCUUGACCUUUCGGAUUACAUUGGUGGCGAGCUGGACCUCAGCGCUCUGUUCUCAUCCCAGUGCAGUAUCAUGAAGCGGCAUUCGGCCCCGCUCGAGGUGGUCGAAGUGGCAGACGAGCUAUACCGGCGGCUGUCGAAGUCUCCAGUACUUGGCAACGCCGGCUGGUCUAUCACCGAGUUUGGCAGCCGCGCUUGGAUCGUGCGUCGACCAGACAGUGGUGCUGGGGACUCCGGUGCUCGAAGCUGGAAGAUGGGCGCCAGCUAUUGGGGCAUGCGCAAGGUCCCUGUCGCCGUGGCAGAUGUGGGUGGCAUGUACGGCAGCUACAUGUUCAAGCGCGGCCUCUAA